CCCUUCCUCUUCCUCUUCCUCUUCACAUUCAAGCUUAUGUUUUUGUGGGUUCCUCCAAGUGGUUACGUUCUUCUUAAGGCAGAUUUUUGCUACAUAUAUUCUCCGACGCUUGAAUUCUCCUUUUCCUGUCACCUUCCUCACACUUUCUCCCUUGAGGUUUCCUUGGAUUUUUCCCCAUUUCCAUUUUGCGUUUCGAAUUUUUGGACCUUUUUUUACGUUUUUUGAUCUUUUGGGUUUCCGUUUUCUCUCACAUCAUCACCAUUUAUCUCCUCUUCUGGGGCUGGAUUUGUGACAUCUCGGGGAAAGCCUCUUCCUUUGAGAGUCAGAAGAUAUAGAAAAUGGCGGCAGGAGGAGCAGCGCCUCCGCCGAAGCAGGAGGAACUUCAGCCGCAUCCGGUGAAGGAUCAGCUUCCAGGCAUCUCUUAUUGCAUCGCCAGUCCUCCUCCUUGGCCGGAAGCGAUAUUGCUCGGUUUUCAACACUAUCUGGUGAUGCUUGGAACAACCGUUUUGAUCCCUUCAUCGUUAGUUCCACAGAUGGGAGGGAGAAAUGAAGAGAAGGCGAAAAUGAUCCAGACACUGCUGUUCGUGUCUGGUCUGAACACGUUAUUCCAAACCCUUUUCGGAACCCGUCUUCCCGCAGUUAUUGGAGCCUCUUACUCCUAUGUUCCGAUGACAGUUUCGAUCAUCUUGGCUGCCCGGUACAAUGAUAUAUUAGAUCCUGAAGAGAAAUUCAAGAGGAUCAUGCGUGGAAUCCAGGGUGCUCUUAUCAUCGCCUCGAUUCUUCAGAUCAUCGUCGGCUUCAGUGGCCUUUGGCGCAAUGUAACCAGGCUCUUAAGUCCUCUAUCUGCGGUUCCACUAGUUACUCUCGCUGGUUUAGGACUUUAUGAACUCGGUUUCCCUCUGCUAGCGAAAUGCGUUGAGAUUGGACUGCCCGAGAUCAUCCUUCUUGUUAUAUUCUCACGGUACAUUCCUCAUGUGAUGCGAGGAGAAAGACACGUCUUUGAUCGGUUUGCUGUGAUAUUCUCUGUGGUGAUUGUAUGGAUUUAUGCUCACCUUCUCACAGUUGGAGGAGCUUAUAGGAACACAGGAAUCAAGACUCAGAUGAGCUGCAGAACCGAUCGUGCUGGUCUGAUCAGUGCAGCUCCGUGGAUCAGAGUGCCUUACCCAUUUCAAUGGGGGGCUCCAACCUUUCAUGCAGGGGAAGGUUUUGCUAUGAUGGCUGCUUCAUUCGUUUCCCUUGUCGAGUCCACUGGGACAUACAUUGCUGUAUCUCGAUAUGCAAGUGCCACUCCACCUCCUCCUUCCGUGCUCAGCCGUGGUAUCGGUUGGCAGGGAAUUGGCAUCCUUUUCUGUGGAUUAUUUGGAGCAGGAAAUGGAGCAUCUGUCUCAGUAGAGAAUGCCGGUUUGUUAGCAUUAACGCGCGUCGGGAGUAGAAGGGUGGUUCAAAUAUCAGCCGGUUUCAUGAUCUUCUUCUCCAUUCUCGGUAAAUUUGGAGCUGUUUUUGCUUCAAUUCCUGCUCCUAUUGUUGCAGCUCUAUACUGUUUGUUCUUCGCAUACGUUGGGGCGGGCGGUCUAAGUCUUCUCCAGUUCUGCAAUCUAAACAGCUUCAAAACCAUGUUCAUUCUCGGCUUCUCCAUCUUCAUGGGCCUGUCAAUAACUCAGUACUUCAACGAGUACACUGCUCUAAACAACUAUGGCCCGGUUCACACUCGAGCAAGAUGGUUUAACGAUAUGAUCAACGUACCCUUCUCAUCUGAAGCCUUUGUGGCCGGGAUUUUGGCAUUUUUUCUGGACUUGAUGUUGCACAAGAAAGAUAGCUCGAUGAGGAGAGAUCGAGGGCUGCAAUGGUGGGAACGAUUCAGAUCGUUCAAAUCCGACACAAGGAGUGAAGAGUUUUACUCGCUGCCUUUCAAUCUGAACAAGUACUUCCCUUCUGUCUGAACGAUGUUGAUGUAAAUCGAGCAUUUGUCAAAAUGUGUGCCGUUUGUUUGUCCUUUUGGUCAUCUGUAGCUUUUUGGUAUAUGCUAUGUAGAGGAAUGCACUGCGUGCCGUUUCUUGUUGAUAUAUAGUGCAGCUGUUUUUGCUGAAAAUUUUACUAA